AUGCGGAGGUUUUCUCAGUUUACUGCCCACCUAGGAAUUGUCAAAUCAAAGAUGAACGCCAAAAUUAGUGCAAAAUGCAUCCAUCGUAUCAGUGUCCAUCGCGCCGCCAUAUAUUCAUCAGCCGAUGGCGAAAUACAGAACCGGCGAUGCGGACGACCAUUCUACAGCUCAUACAUGCGAUACAAGAACAAGCUUUACUUGCCUACGCUAGCUAAGACCUUGACUCGCAGCUAUAAUGAACUACCAACUUCGACAUACGUGCUUAGAGACUUCAUGCUCAGCUUCUUUGGGCCAACUAACAUAUCAGUCCGCCCCAACGAGCAACCACUAGAGCACUCUAUCUCUAUAAGUGACGAAGAUGCUCUAAGUGAAUCGAUCACCACAAGUUCGAGGGUCUCUAGCGAUGACGACAACGUUGAGGAAUCGGCUGGCCUUGAUACGUCCAUCGACGAUGACGACUUAUUACCUUACUUCAAUAACCAAGAAGGAUUAGAAGAUGAAGCAACUUCAAAUAAUGAGAUAGAAACUUCCAGACAACGCUCUCCACUGCAGUCAAGUGGUGAAGUUACCCACAAAAGCUUGCCCGAGCAACUACUAGCAGCUGAAAUCCUGAAGCAUCCACCACCGUCUCAACGGUGGUUCCAGACUUGGAUUAAGACUCAACAUGAGACUUUCCACACCAUUAAAACCCGGCCAAUUGAAGCAGCACAUGUUGCUUCUCAUGAUGUAUCAGCUAUCAAAGAAUGGUUUCAUGGAUUCAAAGAUGUGUGUAAUCAAUUAGAUGUUACUGCAGCUAACAUCUACAACUUUGGUGAAGUUGGGUUCCGAGUGGGAAUGAGCACCGUGUAA